GAUAUAACGUUAGCCUCACUCUCCCAAUGGUACUCUGGUGGCGCUCGAGAGAGCGCGAACACUCGAAACCGACGACCAAGUCGCAGUCUCAUCGAAGCCGCGGUCGUGCGCGGCUUGAUGAGCUAGUUCUGCGUAUAACUAUAAACGAAAGAAUACUACACGUGAACCGAGAGACCACGUGGGUUGGUGGGUGGGUGAGAUUGUUUGUUACGUCUUAUGAUCACAAUACGAGAUGGACAACACGUUUUUCUAUAUCUCAGAAUAAAACUCGAAAAGAGUUGAGGAUAAGUGUGUUGGGUUUCCUUAUUUUUUUUCUUUCUUUCUUUCAUCGUCUCAUUUGAGGAGUAACCUGACCAUUCCAAAAUAGUGGACAUCAGAACAACCGUCAACCUGGAGUCCACGUGCCAGAAACGACGGAAAUGUGAGGCCGACGGGAAGGAGGCGAAGGCCGAGCUAACGGCGCAACGCAGUAUGUUCCCUAGCGCACAAAUUAAGAUGAGAUUGCUGUCGCCAAGCAGUUCGCCGGCCACGUCGCCCACAAUGUCAAAUUCCUCGUCACCGACACCACCGACGCCAGUUACCCCAGUUUACAAUCAGAAGAUGACGGGUAUACCGUGUGUAGCAGCAGCUUCGAGGUACACGGCACCGGUCCACAUUGACGUUGGUGGUACGAUAUAUACAUCCUCCCUCGAAACUCUAACCAAGUACCCAGAAUCAAGGUUGGCCAAAUUAUUCAAUGGUAGUAUACCUAUUGUUCUGGACUCCUUAAAGCAACAUUAUUUUAUCGACAGGGAUGGUAGUAUGUUUCGGCACAUACUGAAUUUUAUGCGAAAUUCACGAUUAUUGAUACCUGACAAUUUUGCCGAUUUGGAUUUAUUGCUAGAGGAGGCGCGAUACUUCGACAUUGCACCAAUGUGUAAACAAUUGGAACAAAUAAAAAAGGAACGUAUAAAGAAUGGCAUUACGAAUUUAUCAUCGACGACAGGCUCGGCUUGUUCAACGGCAACCUCGACUGCUUCGGCAGCGUCUACUAUGACAACUACGACAUCCUCGUCGCCUAAACAAGGCUCAGGAAGACAAAUUGGCAUGCGCGGUAAAGGAACGUCGAGUUGUUCCCUGGAGUGUACGGGUUGUUCGAGUUGCGUGUCGCCGUGCGAUCACGAGGCCGAAAAAUUUCGCGGUACCGAGGGUAACCGCAGUUACGAAUGCGUUGCCCUACACGUCAAUCCUGAUCUCGGUGAAAGAAUUAUGCUCUCGGGUGGUCACACACUUCUCGAUGAAGUAUUUCCCGAGGCUAUGCAAGCUGUGAUUAACGCACGUUCUGGUAUUGCCUGGCAUCAACAGGACACCCGUCAUGUCAUCAGGUUUCCACUGAAUGGCUUUUGCAAACUAAACUCCGUUCAAGCUAUUACUCGACUACUCAACGCAGGAUUUCGUAUUGUUGCCAGUAGUGGUGGAGGUGGUGAAGGUCAACAAUUUUCAGAAUACCUAUUCGUCAGACAGGCUGUUAAUACCUGACGGAAAACGAUCCACUUUUAUCCCAUCAUCGUUUUAUCGAUUUUCGCGAUUAAUAUCGUCUCUAAUAUGGAAUACUCGAAUGAACCGAACAAUCGUGAUUCAAACAACUGUUCUCAUCUCCAAUUAUCUACAAAGCUAAAUCUAUUUUUACGCUGCAAUUGGAUAAAUCGAUUCAAUGACGUUAAAAACCGUUCGAUGAUAUAUUAAAUAUCGAUAUCCUUAUCAUUCCUGAUUUUUUUGUUUUUUUUCGUGCUAAAAGAAAAACCAAACGUAUGCGCGGAGUUGACUUCAAAAGAAAAGACCAAAUCGACAUAACUGUACGAGGAAAAAAAAACGAUAUUUUGCGUCUAGAAUCUUUUUACGUGAAAUGAACGUAAUUAAUGUUAGCUUUAAAAAAAAAAAAAAAGAAAAGAAAAAAAAGAGACCAGAAAAAGAAUAUGAAGGAGUGAAGGAACACCAUGUCAGCAUUCGUCCAAGGAUAAAUAUUUUAUUCGAUAUUGCUCCUAAAGACUCUGUACUUAAAGAUAGAUGAUGCAUCUUUACAAGUACAGGCCAGUCUUUCAAAUUUGUUAUUAUAAUAAUAAGAUGUACUUAUAUGUAUUUAUAUGCCAUAUAUUAAUUAUUGUAAAUAUCGCGAAUAAACUAUCGUUCGUCUAUAUACACACAUACGAAUUGUUACGUAUAUGUGACGUGUUUUAUUUACAAAAAAAAAAAGAAAAAAUGAAAUAUUACUUUUCAGUGACCCACGUAACUCGAUACCAUAAAAACAAUACACACAUGUCCCCAUGCUCGUGUUAAAAAAUUGCCAUCAAAAUUUGUCACAAUUUACUUAUUACUUUUAACGGACAAUAAUAAACCACCCCUCCUCCCUUAAUUAAAUAUACUUAUAAAAUAUUAGGAUGAUACAAAAAAAAAAAGGAAGAAAAAAGAAAAAAGUGAGAGAUGCGCCGAUCGCGUAACCUCCAGAACGAGGAAUAAAGCGUAGGAAGAUCGUAGCCACGGGCCCCGUUACCAUGGUAACCAUGAACUCAAUAUCCGCAACGCCAAUAGGCACUACUAGCCUCAGGCUGUCAUCCCUCGAACCAGACCCGCUGCUGCCGUCGUCGAGUUCGCCGAUCUCUCCCUUGCAACCCACCUU